AUCCAUUGUAGUUUAUCAAUUUUCUUGUGCAAGAAUAUAAAAAUUAUACUUUUUUAUUCUUGUACAUUAUUUCGCCAAUAAAUGGUUGAUUUUUUAAUUGUAACUUUUUUUUAUGUGGUUUAUAGCACUGUUUGAGCACGAGACUGCAGCAUCGCAAUUUGUUGCCUCUAUUCGAUCCUGAGAUUUUCUUUUCCAUAUCGGCAUGUUACAGAUAUUUGAUCUCCACUGAUUGCUUUAACUUGCGUUUACCUGAAAAUAUAUUAAUCUUCCACUCGCACGAAAGUGUUGAUGCUACACAUAAUGUACUGCGUAUUCUGUGUAGCUAUCGCAUCUGCCACAAAGCAUUUUUUCUAUAUUUCUCAAAUUGAUCUUUAUUCUGGCUCUGACAUGAGAUCAUUUGUUUACUUUUGGAUUAUCCCAGCUUAUCAUGACUUCAAUAAGUCAAAUGUGAUUACACGAAAUCUUCAUUUGUUUUUCUCUUUGUUUUCUGUUUUCCCGAUCGUCUUGCGCGCUUACUGCCGGCACAUUAGGGUUUAUUGGACCGAAAAUCACAAAGACAGUUCGGUAAGGUGUGCAAUUUACCUUGAUUGGUUCAGCGGUUAAAUGGCAAACGUGCUAAACAAGCAGAGGAUAAUCUAAACAAAUCAGAAAAGAAAGGCAGGGAGUCUUUCAGCUGAAAUCAUUUUGUUUCAAAACUUGCUCUUCCUAGAUCGAAAGGGUCAUUGUUACGUUGCGGUCUGUAGCCGAGAAAACACCGCAAUAUUUAGUUCUGCGAAAAGAUAUCAGGUAUGAGUUUGGUAUCGGCGAAAAACAGACGUAAAACUUUCAUCCUUGCAGCCGCCAUUAUUGUGGUAGGAAUCGCUUUUCUUAUCGCAGGAAUAAUCUUGCUCGUCAAAAGAAAUGGUUCUCAUUGUAAAGCACAUUACGAAACUAGUGCUUUACACAGGAGGCGUGUACAAAGAUGUGAUUAUUCCGAAGAAGCCAAACGAUGUGGACUUCAAGCUUUUUUGCAAAAAGUGCAAGACAAAACUUUUGACGUACAACCAUUUUUAAUCACACUUAAGCCCGAAGUAACUGCAUCAGAAGUAAAGCUUAAAUACAAGGCGUAUAAUCCGAAGCCUUCAAAUCUUCUUCACGUAACCACUACAGCGAAAGCCCUUUUGCGGGAGCUAAAUGGUAUGGUCAUUAACGAAAACAAGCUGAGGUCAAGAGAAAGAAAAGCCGUGGCACAACUUCGACAUUUUCUGAGGCACAUCUUCGGAGCGCCCUUCGAUGGAAACUAUUACUUUGGAGACUAUCUUCUCGGACCGAAUGUCUUCUGUUGGCAGCCAAUUUGCUCGGUGGGGGUCUUGUUAGAGAAGUCCCUUCCCUUUUUCAAACCCUCGGACGCACAAGGAUUGGAGAUUCUAAUCGGGAAGUUGUCCGAAGUAAACCAAACAUUUCAAAUCUAUACCGAUAACUUGCGUUACGGAGUAAAAGCCGGAAUGGUGCGAAGCGUGGAGGAAUGUAAAGCUGGUCUCGACGCUAUGCAAACUUACUACUUCAAUAUUUCGUAUAGUGGACCAAAAGGUGUUUUCAACGAGACUUACAUGCAAGGGAUCUUAAAAUCAGAGUUUUUAUCCAAGUUAGAGAACCACUCAGACCUGUUGAAAGAGUGGCGCGAGAAGCACGCAGGAAAGACUCCGUCAGAAUCACUCCGGGAGAGCGUCUUGGAAUACGUGGGAAGGCCAAUUCACGGAUUACUAGAAUACCUCAAGUAUGAACACAUGCCGCACUGUGUGCCAAGCAGUGUGUCCAGCGGUUUGUCCUUCCUCCCGCUCCCCUACGUGUAUGUCAAUGGAAGUGCAGACAUCAACCAAAAAACCACAAAAGUAUUACCGUCAGGAGAACCUCUGAACGGAUCGCGGGCUUACGUAGAAAUUCUUUCAUACUUCACUACCACAAACAAUACCCCAGAUGAGGUACACGAACUUGGUUAUGAGAUGCUUCAUAAACUUUACCCUGAGGCCCUUGAAGUAGCGCGUCAAAUCACAGAGCAAAAAGAAGACAAUACUGCAAAGGCAGAGUUCGUAAAAAUGAUGAAUCACUCCGAUAUGUUUUUCAACGACCAACCAAUUCCAGCUCAUGAGUCUGACAGUUCUGCGUUCAGGCUUUGCAGUUCAGUGGAGGGCGCGAAGCAAAACUGUCCACACCGCUGGCGAGCCAUUCAGAGAUGGUUUACAGAAGCUAGAGAGGUCAUGAGUAUGCUAGAUCCAAAAACUUCCCAGAUGUUCUACUUCACGGGAAAGAAACACACAACUCCGAACUGUCCCCUGGAAACAGUACCGGAUUUUAACCCCUCAGCUGGCGUGCCGAGUUACUUGAAAAGCGACAGCAAGUGCAGUAGAAACGCCAAAUUCUUCAUUCCUUUCUUUCUAGAGAGACCUGGGCCUCGGUAUAUGCAAUGGAGCGUGAACGCUCAUGAAGCGAGACCUGGGCACCACACUCAGCGACAAGGUUAUGCCGAACAUUUUCAGGAUUCUUGCGGGGGAAUAAUUAGGUGGUUGUCAUCAGUGACGUCAUACACUGCGUUUGUAGAAGGCUGGGCCCUAUAUGCUGAGAACCCACUCAUUGCUUAUGAUACAGAUCUAUACAAAGGGCAACCGCUGUACAAAUAUGGAAUGCUCAAGUCUCAGCUGUGGCGUGCUCUUCGCAUGAUAGUGGACACUGGGUUACAUUCCAAACGACUCACAAGAGACGAAGUACUGAAAAUGUUCCAGAAAUACGUUUGGGAUGAUAGCGACAUCACAUUGAAAGAGGUCACUAGAUACCAGAGCGCACCCGGUCAGGCGACCUCGUAUAUGAUUGGCCAGUUACAUAUCAUGAAACUGAGACAAUAUACCAAAAAGAGACUGGGAAAGAGGUUCAAUUUGAAGGAUUUUCAUUUUCACGUGCUGACUCAGGGGUCUGUGCCACUCGAGUUUCUGGAGCAGAGUAUUAAGGAGUAUGUAGAUUGUACGCUCAACAAAGGAAAGGACAGCUGCGAUGAAAUACUCUCGCCAAAUUUUCAAGAAAACGAUGAUGAUAGCAAUGAACUAGAAACUCUGAAUUUGUUAGAGAGACAACUAUAUUUUUGAUAAGCUUUUUUUUUCUUGUUUAUUUUCAAGUGCCGGCUUUCAGCAUCGACAGAAAGCAUGAUUUGGAUAAUUCUUUAUAACUUGUUCACUUUUUACAUUUGUUCGCAUUGGAUUUGUUCCAUUUAGAUCAUGGAGUAUUUAUCUUAAUAUUUACAACUUAUUUACCGCAAUUCAAUGAGAAAACCAUAACCGAGAAUAAAUUCAUUACGAAACAUCCUGGAAAAAUUUCUUGAUCAUACAAUUAAUGAAUUUGGGAUUAACUGUUCGGUUUCACUCGCCAGAAAUUCUCGGAAAUCAGUGCUCGUUGUGUCUUCGUAAGUCCAGAAUCCUCGGUUCAUUUUGAUAAGGUUGCUUUAACCUCGAGAGAGCCUAGAACUACGGACUUCAACGAAAGAUCUUUCUAAACGUUUUGCAUGAAAUAGAAUUCAGGAUUUUUUCCCUCUGAGUUACAAUAAUGACUUCAUUUGAUUUACAUCGAAAAAAGUGACAGUAUGAUUAGGGAGCCAGCCACUGUAGACCACUUUCGCACAUUUGAUUCAUGUCGUUUUGCGACGAAUGGAUUCACUUUAAGAAGAAAGAAACUUCACCAGAAUUUUUAUUUUGCUAUGGAAGUAACCAUAAACUUACGUGAACCGAGCUUGCAAAGGAGACAAUUACCAGCGACUGCAAAUGGAGAACUUGAAUGAUUUUUAGGCCUAAUUGCUUAACUGUGACGUCUGUAGUUCUUUUAAAUAGAGUAGAGGUGUAAAUAUUUAUCUUUUAUGAAGUCCCACUUGACAAAAAGCCGUGGACAGGAAAAAACUGCGACCUCCGUGAUGAAGUCAUUUGAUAAUGUCUGCGACGCAAAAUGAACCAAACAUUUCAUUUUAUCAUACUGCAACAACUUGGACACAAUCAUUAUGAGCACAAUGCGUGCAAGACUUGACUCAAAUGAAUAGUUUGUAUGUGCGAUGCAAUGAGGCCAGUAAGUUGAAUAAAAUCGUUGAAACACACUUACAGUUCCCUCUUCGAGAUGCCGUGAACUUGGAGAAAAGUGAAUUUUAUCCAUGUUGCUACACAACUAACCAUUAAAUACAUUGAUUUGGGAACACGUUUCUGGGCGGCGUAGCUAACGUUAUUUUGUUUAAUUGGUGUUACAAUGUUUGCUGUUUCAGCUUUCUGGUAUUCUCUUGGCUGUAGAACCACUGAUCAAUAAGUAAUUUAACAUCUUCAACAUUGUUGCUUUUACACUCAUCACAACAAUAUAAUAAAUAAUAGAUAUUACAAUCA